AUGCCUGUCACUCUCACCACAGCCAACCACUCCGCUACGAAAUGGAAAUACCCGAAAGUAAAGACGGCCGAACAGCUGCUCGAGCGCUCAUGCCCAGAAGAACAUCGCCGCUGCCAGAAAUUGAUACAACAUUCCUUUUCAAACGGGCUUUUUGACACUUCUCAUGUAUCUUCAUCUGAGCAUGGAUUUGUCUGGGCUGUAUUUCACGCCUAUAGCUAUCAUCACCACUUGACGAUACGGCCUGAAGACGUCUGGUUCUCCAUUCUCACGCAACUCAGUUUAUUCAUCAAUGCGCAUGCGGAGGAUCUGCGAUCUUUGUUUGUCGCGCAUGAGGGUCAAAAGGAGCUUACAGUAACGGGUCUUGGGACGAUUGAGAAUACCGACUUUGGUGCCCUGGCCUUGCAUAUGACGAAGUUGAUUGAGGAGAAUGUUGUUGAUGAGGAGUUGCGAGCCUGGAUUAUGCCGGAUUUUACGACUACGACUGAGUCGGACAAUGUGGUUGCGGCUAUCUUGAUGAUGGGCGCUUUGCAAAAGUACUUCUCGUAUAAAAUGAUGCUUUUGUGUGGGAUUCCAUCUGUUACGCUGCUAGGUGAGAAAAAGGACUGGACGGCGCUUGUGAAGAAACUUGAUAAGUUACAAGAGCUAGGCGAUGAACCAGCACGCUUUGCUCAGCUUCUUCGUCCGGUUUUGAAUCAUUUCGUUGCGUCCUUUGAGUCUCCGGAGUCACUCAGCGUGCGGGACUUUUGGAGUAAAUGUGCCGACAAAGAGUCUAUGGGCAGUGGACCAAGUUACUUGUCAGGGUGGAUUUCAGUCUUCUGCUUCUGGGAUGAGAAUGGGAAGAUGAUCUAUGAUGAAUCAAUCUAUGCAAAGACUACGCCAGAAUUCGAGAAGCGAAACACUGAAAUGGGGCUGGAUGACGCUUUAUCACGUCGUGUUGAUAUUGAUGAUAUCCCAUCUGGGUUCUCCUCCGUGCCAGUUACUGUCGAUGACAAUGGGGUCACUCAUCACACUACGAUGUUAGCUGGACUAAUCGGCAUCCAAGCUAAAUCAAGUGGUGAAGUUUCAGCUGAAGGAGGUGAAAUCGAUUCGAUUCAGCCCUUGUCAGGAUGGUGGAUGUAUGAAAAAAGGCCAGUGGAUGAAGAUGACCAACAGGCCAGUGAAGCCUAA